CGUGCCUAGCCUGCAGGGUGAAAGUUGAAAGUUCGUCUACAUCUGAAAACAGGAGACACGUGCGGGUUGAAAAGUCACCUGUGCAGCAGUAGCACCAUCUGAAGAGAUGGCUGCCAUCUACUCAGGUAUCCAUCUGAAACUGAAGAGUCCUCAUACUCAAUGGGAGGACAAGUUAAAGCUGGCACGUUUUGCCUGGAUCUCCACUCAGUGCCUGCUCCCCAACAAGGAACAGGUGCUGUUGGACUGGUGCACCCACGCUCUGACGGGCCGGUACAACCAGAAGGUGGAGUUUUCUGAGGAUGUUCUUGAAGGACUGUGGUGUUACCUUGACGAUCUUCUUCACAGCAAGAAGCUCCACUCUCUUCUGAAGCAGGGCAAGACCGUCAGCCUGAGGCUCAACAUGGCACAGCUGCUGCUUGACCGUCUCCAGGAAUGUGCACGUGUUGGCUCUAAGUCUCCGGUGUGUGUGUCCACCAUCCUCAGUGUGUGUCAGGGCCUCCUCUCUUCCCCUGCGCUCUCGUCUGUCUUCACCACAAAGUAUGAACUCAUAGUUGAUCUCCUGGCUAAGCUCUGCUCUCUGGCCUGCUGUGAACUUCAACAGCCAUUGCUCACAGAGCCCUUAGUGACAGAAUCUGUCACAUGUGGGGAUGAAGUGAUGACUGAGAGUCAUCAAAUCGAUUUGGACCAUUCCCAAAUUGAUCCGAUAACAGAAAUUCCUCCUGGUGAGCCUGAGUUAGACGCUAAUAAACCCCCUGCCAAGCCAAAGGAAAAUGUCCGCUCAGCUAAUUUGUUUGAAGUCUUGCUUCAAGUGCUGUCAUGUUAUUUGUCUGUCCAGCGACAACAAGCCAAUCCCAACAGAGUCUCUACCAUGGUAACCAACCAGCUGAUCCAACCUUUAGUAUUACUCCGACACCUGCUUACCUCUGGGGAAUUUGCUGCUGCUCACACACACCUGCGCCUCCGUCAGCAGCUGUCCAGAGACCUCCGCAUCAAGAUUGACUCCAUUCUCCAGUUAGCUCUGUUCCCCUCUGAGCACCUGACCGCCUACAAGGACGAGCUCCUUCCAUCUAAAGAAGAGUCUGGGAAACGCGGUCCUGGAGGCGCAAAAGGCCCCUUAAAGCCAGUCAGUGCAAUACUCUGCAAACUGAGUGCUCCAGGAUACUGUGAGCCGGCCCUCCACUACACUGUGAAGUCCAACACAAUGUCUCUGCUGUUUAAGUUCUUUGUGGAAAGCUACGGAAAAGGGCGAGGAGAAAGUGAGGAAACGCACAGGAUGCUGUGUUUUUAUUUCCUCGCCAGAUUGGUCCCAACCUUGGAUAUGCAUCUCGAUGAAAACUCCCCUGCCAAAGCAGACCAGCCAGUUCCUGUUUCCCCGGGGCAGAAGUCUCCCCCAUCCUCCCCCGGUCCCCCAGAGAGCUGGAGCCUGGCUCUGCUGGCGGUGGAGUCCCUGCUGAACCAGACUCUGUCAGCUGAUAUUUACAAUGUAGCAGCAGACCGGAUCAGACAUGCAGAGGUCCAACUCAAGUUUUACGCAGCUCUGGGACAAAUGCUCUUCAACCACGCCCAGCCAAGCAUCCCGGCAUGGUACCGCUGUUUAAAAGCGCUGUUGAGUCUCAACCAUCUGAUUAUUGAACCAGACCUGGACCAGCUGUUAUCUUCAGCCUGGGUUGACUCUGAAUGCAUGGAAGCACGAGUGCAACGGGCCAGACAGCUCCUGGUGUGCAGUCUCCUCCAGACAUACACUAAGCUCCGUCAGCUGCCUCGCUUCUUCUCCGAGCUCUUGACUGUGAUCUGUCAGCCAGCAUCAGACAACCUCCGACCUCCUCUGCUCUCUGAGGGCGCCUCCGCCUCGCUCAGGACUUGUCUGCUGGACACUCCUUCUUCCCAGGGGCUGGAGAUCUGCUCAUUGGUGUUGGAGAGCAUCAGGACACAUAUACUACCUGACAUGGUGCAGGAGGAAAGAGAGGCAGAGAAGAUGGAGAUUGAUGGUGAAGUAGAUGACAAUGGAGCGAAAAAAGAUCAGAGUAGAAAAGAUGCAUCUCAGAAGCUGUUCUCCCUCAGUCAGCUGCUACAUGUUGUUUUGUUUAGUCUGAAGACUCUAGACAAUGCCUCUCCUCUUCCCAUAGUCAGGCAGAGUCAGGCUUUGAUUGUGGAGAUGCAACAGGUUGUCAAGGAGCUACUGAAUCUGUUGUCAACAGAAGAAAAAGAUGUAAAAACAAGUUCAGUUCAAAGUACCCCACGGAAACGCAAAAAUAAUUUGGACCAGAAAAAGUCAGAGCAGAUGUCGGAGUAUAACAUGGGAGCACUGUGGGAACAGAAGACCCUUGAGGCCACUCUGCUUCUCCGAUACACCUUGGUGGAGGUCGACACGCUGUUUGAUAUCCACUGCAGCAAAUACACAGCGCUGACAGCCGCUGCAAGCGAGACUGAAGACCGUGCUCCAGUCCUAACACAGAUAGAAAGCCUCCUCUCUAGUGAGAUUGUUCCGUCACAUCUGCAGCCGUCCUGCAGCCCCUUGAGCCGUCUGCUGCUCAAGCUCCUCACUUUGCAACAGAUGAAAAAAGUUCUCUUAGAUACCCCCUUACUCUCUGAACCCAACACAGCAGCUCUUCUAAACAGUAUGGCACAGUUUAUUUUAGCUAAAUCAGAAUUAGAGUUGAGUCUGGAUGGAGAGCAGGUAUGGGACGGGCAGAUAGCGAGUGUGACCUCCAGCUCUUACCCCGCAGCUCACUGGUAUCUCAUCACAUCCAACUUGCCUCUGAUUGCUCCUUACCUGACCGGAGAAGAUGUGGGUUGUGUGGCUGAUAUGCUUGUUGGUUCACUCCUCAGCAGACAAACCAACGGAGGAAAAGGCUGUCCCCCCGGCUCUCUCAGCGUGUCUCUUGUAUCAUCACAACUUGUCCAAAGCCCCGUUCUUGCUGAGUUGCCUUCCCUGUUCUCUGCUACCGUUUGUUCCCUUUCAGACAGGAUUGUUAGUGUUCUCAAGGCAGCUCAUAUACCCAAGGUUUGUCCUACACUGUUGAAGAUUCAGGAGAAAGGAACUGGAGCUUGUGAGAGACUGCCUCUGUCCACACUUGUGAAUAAAGAGACUAUAGUUGGGGAUAUAUUGACAUCCUCAAAGGCUGGAGAGGUGUCUGUGUUGCUGACUGACACACAAAGCAAGGAGCUGGUAGACUUACUCCAAAUCUUAACCAAUCUAAACCCAGAUGGGAUGAACUCUGAGGAUAUCUCCUCUGUUUUCCUCCUGCUCUUCUUCAUGCUCACCUCCACCUCCAGUCAGAAAGCCGAGGAGCCUCCUGAAUCUGGAGAUGAAGCUCUCUUCCUGGUGAAGCUGCUCAGGAUUCUCACCUGUUUCCUGGAGGGUAGAAACUUCCAAAGUGUUUUGAAGCUCACCCACGGUGGGACCCUGCUGCAGGCCUCCGUUUCCUCUCUCCUCUGGCGCAGCAACAAUGGAGCAUUCGGAGUCACAAGCAGCUCCGAUUGGUUGGAUUUAAUCAAAGAAGCGCAGGGCUUCAUCAGGGCCUUAGUCCAGUUGAUUAUAAUCAGAAACAGCAGCGUUCGACUCAACCUGGACCAGUUUGCCUCAUAUCUUACCACUGAGGAGAUGUCAAACAUGAAAAUAGUGGCUCCCAGUUCAACAGCUAUGUCAGGUAAACCAGGAGCAUCCAUUUUGUCUGUUCAUCUCCUGCUGGCAUCGCUGACCUCCUUCUCCCAGGCAAUGACCUCUAACUUGGGGAAGAGUAAACAAAUGGAUCAAACUCUGACUCGGAUGCUCACAAGAACGACCGCUUCAUUAGGACCGGCUGUUGAGUCCAUCCUUAAACCCCAAACUGUCAGCGAGUCACCCAUCCAACCUGCCAGAGUCCUCGGCCAGGCCUUUGUAGUAGAAGUCGUGACGGUCAUGCUGCACUGCGAGCUGUCCUCACUGUCAGUGGAGGACGAGAACAAGCAGAAACAAAUGAGACACAUGGCUCUCUAUCAGGGCUGCUGCCAGCAGAUCCUCAAAGAAAUCAGUUGUGCCCAUAGGCCGUUGGACUUCCUUGUUUCUUCUCUCCAUUUCUUGUCCACUUUCUACAAAGCAGUGGAGAAGACCAGAGGAGAGAGGGAGGAGGAGAAGAAGGAAGGGAAGGAGUUGGACGAGCUGUACAUGCAGAUACUGCAGAAUGUGCACAAACUGCUGACGGCUUCUUGGCUCUCUGCGAGUGAUGUGUGUGAGCUGGAGCCGGCUGUGCAGGAGCUGCUGCGCCACCUGCUGGAGAAAAGCACCACAGGUCGGUUUAACCUGCUGCUGCUGCUGAUCAGAGAGGGGCUGGACACAGGCAAACUGAGGGCAGGAAACUACAGGGAGGUGCUAUCUGCAGUGAUCAUCAUUAAGCUGCUUUCCUGCUGUCAGUUACCUGAGCCCUGCUCUAAAGCUCUGUGGCUCAUUGCACCACAGAUUAUAUCUGCCAUGGUGUUUUUGGUAAAAUCCUCCACGCAGGACGUCUCUCUGACCGUUCCUUUCACGGUUCCCACGGUGACGUCCAUGACAUCACUGCUGCGUCAGGGCGAGGGGCUCCUCACCAACCCUCAUCAUGUCCUCCUCAUCCUCGGGGCGCUGCAGUCGGUGCCCCUCGACCACCUGACCCCGCCCGUCUACCACUCAGUGUUUCUGGCCGUUCAUGAGGCGCUGUUUGCCAUCAUCCAGCGUCAUCCACAGGUGAUGCUGAACGCCGCGCCGUCCUUCUUGAAUGUCUUCUAUCGUCUGGUGGCAUCCAUCAUGCAGGAGGGUCGGCAGCGAGGGGACAGUGACACAGACGGUGACGUGUAUCUCCAGUGCUCCAGAUUAAUAGAGAGGAUGUACUCUCACAUUGCUGCUACAGCCGAGAGCUUCACCACACUGUCGGCCUUCAUGGUGGCUCAGUACGUCACAGAGCUGCAGAAGGUUACUCUGCGUCCAGACGUAAAGCUGCAUCUAACGGAGGGGAUCUAUCGGAUACUGGACCUGUGUAUGGAGCAGGAUAUCAAGUUUCUGACGGCCGGGCUGCAGAUGGGAGUCAGAGAGGUUUUCAACGAGCUGUACGGCAGCUACACGCACUACCACAAAGCUCAGAGGCAAGGGGAGGAGAAGUACACUGUGUGAACUGUACCAUACAUUCCCAACCACAGAUCAGAUUUCAAUUGAAUAAAUAAUGGAAAGCUAUUUGUAAUUUAUGCUUGAGAAUGGGAACAGCUUGUGGAUACCAUGUGAUGUAUUCAGAGUGUAAACAUAGUAGUCAAUAAGAAAGUAGAUUUGUUUUUUCUUUAGAAAUUAGACUCUUGGGUAAUGCUUUCAAUUCUGCAUAUAAACACAAUACAAUACACAGAGAAAAGCAGCCAGCAACACGCCUGCAAAAAAAAAGAGUUUACCAGGUUAGUUGUGAAGAAAUCAGAAACAUUAUAAUUUCAUUGUAUUGUUUUUUGCUUGUCCAAUGGAAUUACUGCUAAGAGGACCUACACUCUGAUGGAGUCAAUACAAAUAAUGGAUAAAUGCUGUGUUUGGGUUCAAAUGUAAAGAUGGUUUUCAGUGAGAAAUGAUUACACAUUCAUUGAAUUAAUGAAGAGAACAUAUACAUUUGUGUUUGAAUUAUUCCUGUUUCUGUUCUGUUUUUUUACUGAAACUUAAUUACUUAAUAGAUACUUUUGAAAACAA